AUGUCUGAUCAUCUGACUCGAGAAUUGCUGGAAGAAAUUUUGUCAAGAUUGCCAGUGAAGUCAAUCCUCAUAUGCAGACACACUGAUGGAGCUGCUUUAUGGAACCCUAGCGUUAGAAAGAUUGUUAACAUUCCUUGUCCUAAUGUUACGUUUACCUCACAUGGAUUCUAUAAACACUUACUUGGGUUUGGCUUUGAUUCCGCUACUGAUGAUUAUACGCUUGUGAGAAUAGUGUAUUUGCCAGAUAGUAAUUUUAACUUUGAUAAGAUUCCGCCUUUGGUUGAGAUUUACAGUUUGAGAAGUAGGGUUUGGAGAAAGGUUGAUAAUAAUGAUCUGAAAUAUGUCAUCGCUGAUUUCUCAAAGUCUGCUUUUCUGAAUGGAACUUGUCAUUGGGUUGCCACUAAGCCACUUAAUGGGCCUGGUGUAUGCGAUGCGAUUGUGUCGUUUUCCUUGGGAGAAGAGGUGUUUGGAGAAAUGGAGGUACCGGAUUGUUUGGUUAAGAAAUACCAGUUUGUGGAUGUUGCAGUUUUUGAUGGAUCACUUCUGCUGGUUGCAUCUUUUAAACUGACUGGGGAAGGCUGUUUUACAGUUUGGAUGAUGAAAGAAUAUGGUGUUCCAGGAUCUUGGACCAGACUUUUCCAUAUUCCUGAUUUUAAAUCACAUUUGAAAUGGAUAAGAAAGUUAGUUGCAUUUAGGCAAAGUGGUAAGGUUCUAUUGGCAAAAUUAUUUGGACAGCUAGUUUGCUAUGAUCCAAAGACAGAAGAAAUCUUUGAUACAAAAAUUUGGGGCAAUGCACACUCUUUUUAUUUGGAUACUUUUGUGGAGAGUCUUCUGAUGAUAAUGGCACAAGUGAAAUCUUGGAGGAGGUUGCUUCUAGUUCUAAUUCAUAGAUUGUAA